AUUGCCCGGGAAAUUUGUUUUGAAGGCCAAGUCUAAUUAUGUCCAGUACUGGCAACUGGUGUUUAAUUGAAAGUGAUCCCGGUGUGUUUACUGAAUUAAUCAAAGGUUUCGGCGUUGAGAGUUUGGAAUGCGAAGAAGUGUAUGAUCUGUGCGAAACAAGCAAUGUCUCCGAUGCCUACGGGUUCAUUUUUCUUUUCAACUAUGAUGAUAAGCAAGAUGAAGUCGGAAAAGUGAUACUUGACGAAAGCAAUAAAGGGAUAUUUUUUGCCAAACAAACGAUUUCUAAUGCAUGCGCAACCCAGGCCAUAAUCAACAUUUUGUUAAAUAUCGAUGAUAAAGUACCCAUAGGCUCAACACUGUCACAAUUUAAGGCUUUCGUUUCGGACUUUGAUAGUACAAUGAAAGGUGCAGCUAUGAGCAACUCUGAUCAAAUAAGACUAGUACACAACAGUUUUAGCAGUUACCAGUUGUUUGAAUUUGAUGAGAAAGCUCCUAAGUCUGGUAAAGAUGUCUAUCACUUUGUUGGCUACCUUCCCAUCAAUGGUACUUUAUAUGAAUUGGACGGCCUGAAACCUGGGCCUAUCGAUCAUGGAAAAGUGCCGGAAAACUCAUCCUGGAUUGAUUCACUUCGUCCACUGUUGAUGAAGCGCAUGGAAAAAUGUGUUGAUGGAAAAUUCAAUAUAAUGGCAGUCGUUCCUAAUCGCCUAGCAAUGUAUGAACAUCAGUUGGCACGAAUGAAGGUGGACUCAAAUGAUCUAUCAUCGACAUACAUGACAGAGUUAAAAAACAAUAUCGCCAGCGAAAAGAAGAAAAUUGCAGCUCAUCGUGCUGAAAACAUUCGUCGUCGACACAAUUACUUGCCGCUCAUAGUUGAGCUGCUCAAGGUAUUGGGCGAGAGUGGUCAAUUGGUCGGUUUAGUUGAAAAAGCUCAGAAAAUAGCUCAAGACCGAAGCGUUUUACACGCAUCAAACGCUGCGAAAAAAGUCAAGUUUGUUUGAAAACUUAAGUUUUAUGUACAGAAAUUUAAAAAGUAUGUUAAACAAAAUUUAUGUGGAGAUGGAGUAAUUUUCCCUUGUCCAUACCUGUAAAGCCUCAGUUUGCAUAGGUGGGUGUAUAAGCGCUUUAUUCAUAGUCUUCCUAAUAUAGGAGGCCAUAAGCAAUGUUAGCGUCAUAAGGAAAAUACCUAGCGCAAUACUAAGUCCAUCGACUGUUGGGGAUGCUGCUCGGUACCACCGUAUGAAUCUGCCAGAAUAUUCGCGGCUGCGCAUCCAUGCUGGAGCUUUCAGCUUUUCUCCUUCCAUUAACAAAAAGCGUGACAUUAUGUCCAUCUGCGCAAAAUAACACUGCUCAGAACCAUUGAAAUCUGUUUUGAAUAAAUUGAAAAAAAAACUAGGUGAGAAAUGCG